GAUUGUGCAGGAAGUCGCCGCGGUUUGUUCCUAAAGGAAAGCUCUACGGGAAAUUGUAGAUAAUCCGAUGAAAAAAAUCGGAAUAAAAGCACAUCGAGAGAGUACCCGGAAGUGUGGGUGCUUUUAUUGCGAAAGGAAGGCGGAAACCAGGGCUGCCCUCAUCUCGGUGGGCUUGCUAGACGUCAACAGGGGACAGGAGGACAAGAGGGCCGCGGUUUAUUCCGAAUAAAAUCACUUUUAAAAGUUCCACGAAGGCGUCCGUCAUGGACGCACGCUAGCCGGAAACGUUCAGGCCGUAUUUGAAGGCAGUCCCCGGGCUGAGCGGAGUCGUCUCUCCGGGAGGCGAGUCCGUGUCCGUGUCCGCGGCGGCGGCACAACAGGAAGCGCCAUGGAGGGCCGACACAUCCCGGACGAGCCCGGCUCGGCCCUGGAGAAGAACGUGGCGGACCUGACCGUCAUGGACGUGUACGACAUCGCCGCGGCGGUGGGCCAGGAGUUCGAGCGGAUCAUCGACCAGUACGGCUGCGAGGCUCUGUCCCGCCUCAUGCCCAAAGUGGUGCGGGUGUUGGAGAUCCUGGAGGUGAUGGUGAGCCGCCACAGCAUCGGCCCGGAGACCGACGAACUGCGCCUGGAGCUGGACAAGCUGAGGCUGGAGAGGACGGAGAGGGCGGAGAAGGAGAGGAAGCACAGGAAGGAGUUGGAGCUGGUGGAGGACGUGUGGAGAGGCGAGGCUCAAGACCUUCUCUCCCAGAUCGCUCUGCUGCAGGACGAGAACAAGACUCUCCUCAACAACAUCUCCACCCGGGACCCCAUGACCGAGGAGGACCUGCAGCGGCACGAGGGCAUGAGCGAGAGAGAGCGGCAGGUGAUGAAGAAGCUGAAAGAGGUGGUGGACAAGCAGAGGGAUGAGAUCCGGGCCAAGGACAGAGAGCUGACCCUGAAGAACGAGGACAUCGAGGCGCUCCAGCAGCAGCAGGCGCGCCUGAUGAAGAUCAACCACGACCUGCGCCACAAGAUGUCGGUGGUGGAGGCGCAGGGCAAAGCGCUGAUCGAGCAGAAAGUGGAGCUGGAGGCCGGCGCUCAGACGCGGGGCCAGGAGGUGGGCGCCCUGCGGCAGGAAGUGGCGCGCCUGCGGGAGCGGCUGCGGGGAGGCCCGCCCGCGGGGGACGCCCCGCCUCAGACACCGUCGCCUGCGGAGGAGGCGCAGUGCGAGGAGGAGGAGGAGGAGACGGGCGCCGCGGACCCCAAGGACCCCAACAGAGCCAGGUUCACGCUGCAGGAGCUGAGGGACGUCCUUCACGAGAGGAACGAGCUCAAAGCCAAAGUCUUCAUGCUGCAGGAGGAGCUGACUUAUUACAAGAGUGACGAGACGCAAGACGACAUGAUCUCCUCCUCACCGAGUCCUUCGCCCGAGCUAAGGAGUCGCUCGCGCUCGUCUGUGCAGCCUGAAUCUGGAAUCAAACGCCUGAUCUUCACGGCCAUCAUGCCCAUGGUGGCGGCCGGUCUGAUCCAAGACGACCCCACUUUACUGCCCGCCAGACGCCUCUCGGCGCUUGUUUAGUUUGUUCUCCCGUGACAAGCAGCGCAGUUGGCCGCGCGGCGGAAGCGGAGGCUCGUGGUCGCCCAAAGACGAGGGCGCGUACACGGAACAAGCGCAGGAGGCCUUGCCGCACUUUUAGCCGCCGCACGCUCGGCACAUCAAAUAUGCAAAAAAAAAAGAGGCAUUGUUGUAUUUUUUUAUUUAACCUUUGCACACAGACUAGGACAAAGAAGACAAAAAAACGGCCAUUUUUACUGACGUCUGAGGGACUGAAAUGCUAUCUUAUAAAAACUAACAUCAGCUUGGAAGGAUUUUUAACACCGACUGAAGCUUCGCGUUUAAGCUAAGCUAAUGUUUUUAUUUCUUGUGUAACUUAUUUUUUUUUGUACCAUUAUGAAUAUUUUCAGCUCACUUCUCAUCGUGUUAAGACUCUGGUGGUUUUCAUCCGGCGAAGGAAGCUUUGUGGAUUAUUUGUGUGUUUCCUUUAAAUUGCAAACUAUGCAAUUUUUUCCAGGAAGUGCAGAAGAAGAAGAAGAAGUGGGAGGAGCAUAUUGUUGCAUAUUUGUGUUUAAUGUCAAAGCCCAGCAUGAAGAAGUGUUAUUGCAGUACUUCCAAGUCCAACACAAGAAAUGUGAAAUUGUACCACAAGUAAUUCAAUAAUAUACUGAAUUAUGUCCUUUUAUUUUCAUGACAUUAACGCAUGAAAUAAAGCGUGUUGUUGCCUGCUAACGUUUAAAAAUAAAAAUAGUUUUGGAGCUAGCUUGUGAACACUAAUGAUCGCUGAAAUGGGAAGAAAAACACUUUCAAAAUGCUCUUUGAUGCUAUUUUGAUUCUACAAGUACUGAGUACCGUGUUUGUCUGGACGUUUUUUCUUCGCCAAGGGCCACAAUGUUUUGUAUU